GUGUGUGUUAAUGAUGGUUAACGAUGUUAGUGAGGUUUUCGGAAAUCGAAAGAGACAGAAUUAACGUCAUUAAACGUUUUAUAAAUGGCAAACUUAAAUUUUGAAUGGCGUAUAGACCCUUGCACAGAAGGGUGUCUGAGUGCAUUAAAGUGGCUUUUGUUUGAGUGAAAGUUAUAUGGAACGUCGUUUUGUAUGUGUGCUAGGAGAUUUCGUAUGUUCCAUGUACCAUGAAAUAUCCAGUUGUACUCCUUGCUGUCAAACUUCAUUAUGUAGUCUGACGUUUUAAGCCAGAUAUUUAUCAUCAUGUGUAGGAAAUGACUCAGUUUCACACUGAAGCAAAUAGAAUGUCAUUUUUCAAUGUUUUCCUUCAACAUUUUAGCAUCAAGGGCAAUUACUGUUGAUGUAAUAAAUAAGAAGUGAAUUACGGAACUUGACUGGAUCACCUUACUUUAGUACUUUUCAAAAGUGUACAUGCAUACUUUAUAAAAUGGCAGCUGAUGAAGGUGGCAUUGAGUGGCUGUACGAGUUGCUGCAGGAUGUGCAAUUGGAACAGUUCUUCACAAGAAUUAGAGAUGAUUUGCAGGUGACUCGUUUAACCCAUUUCGAUUAUGUCCAAGCUGAAGACUUAGAAAAAAUUGGUAUGAGUAAACCUGGAGUGAGGCGUCUGAUUGAGGCUGUGAAGAAGCGCAGGACACAACAGUGGAAACGAAAUAUCCUGACAAAACUGAUCCCAGCAACAGGAAGUACAGGUGGAGGCAAGACUGGAACCAGCAGGAGAGGCAUUCACAGUGAUGAUGGGCUCACCUCUAUAAGCCUGACGUGUCUUAUUCAGGAAAAAGAUGUCAGCCUGUCUGUGAAGCUGGGUGAUGGUUCAUUUGGUGUGGUAAGGAGAGGUGAAUGGACAACUCCAAGUGGACGAUCACAGCCUGUAGCUGUGAAAGUUUUAAAGCAAGAUGCUCUUAGUCAGCCUGGAGUGUUUGAAGACUUUGUGAAGGAAGUACAAGCCAUGCAUCAGUUGGAUCAUCCAAACCUUAUACGGUUAUAUGGUGUUGUGCUCACGAAUCGUAUGAUGAUGAUCACAGAGCUUGCCCCACUUGGCAGUUUGUUGGAUUAUCUCAGGAAGCAGUGCCAGCAUACUCCUGUCACCACAUUGUGGGACUAUGCGCUUCAAGUAGCUACUGGGAUGGCUUACCUGGAAUCAAAGAGAUUCAUUCAUAGGGAUCUGGCAUGCCGCAAUGUCUUGCUUGCAGCAGCUGAUAAGGUGAAGAUAGGAGACUUUGGCCUCAUGCGAGCACUUCCACAGCAGGAGGACUGUUAUGUUAUGACAGAACAUAAAAAAGUUCCAUUCCCAUGGUGUGCCCCUGAGAGCCUUAAGAGUCGACAGUUCAGCCAUGCAUCAGAUACAUGGAUGUUUGGUGUCACACUGUGGGAGAUGUUUACAUUUGGAGAAGAGCCAUGGAUAGGAUUAAAUGGGACACAAAUCUUGCAUAAGAUAGACCGAGAAGGAGAGCGAUUACAUGAGCCUGAAGCAUGCCCUCCUGAUCUGUAUCAGCGUAUGUUGCAGUGUUGGGCCAAAGUUCCCACAGAUCGACCCACGUUUCAAGCCCUGAGGGACUUCUUCUCUGAAACACUGCCUCCUGUCAUGAAGGCAACCCGGAAAUUUGAUGAGGCAGACAAGCUGCUUAUUGAACCAGGAGACACCAUUGUUGUUAUUGAUGGCAGAGCAGAACUUUAUUGGUGGAAAGGGCAGAAUCAGCGCACGUUUCUCAUUGGUCAGUUCCCAAGGUGUUUGGUGGAUCCAAUGAGAAGGAAAGUUGUAGAAGACAUUAGCAAACCUCUUCAGAACUCUUUUAUCCAUACAGGUCAUGGAGCUGUGUGUGGAAAAUCCUGGGGUAACCCUUCUUUUAUAGACGAAGUUUAUUUGCGAAAUCCUAUGGAACCUCCUGAUGUAUUAGGUAUGGCACAAGACCCAGGCCCAGCUCCUAAACUGCCUGACAGGAAAAAGAAAAUUUCGCAAGAGGCCAGAGGACGAAGCAACCAGAAACAGUUUAAUUAUUCAAAGCUGACGGAUGAAUCGUCUCAGAAUUUUGGUGAUGGACGUAAAGUGACAUGUACUGAAACAUUAACAGCUGUCACAAAUGAGACCAAGAGCAAAACAAGCUUAACCGAAGGAGUGUUGAUAGAUUUCGUUGCUCCUGUGGAGAUUAAGUCGUCAGCGCUUUCCAUUUCCACUUCAGAAAAUACAUACAGAAAUUCUAUUAUGGAUGAGCCGAUAGAUGUUAUAGAAGAAGAGUUCUGGGGCGAUGGACAAGUAAGCAGCCGCACAUAUGAGAACUGUUCGUAUGAUGCUGCUGCUGGCAGCUACCCCAGCAACAUGGAUUUAGAUCAAAUUUCUGUUAAUACAAGAUCUGAGUCACCAGAUCCAUUCGAUACCUCACGUGUGUACGGUCCUAACAGAUACUACUCUCGUGUGAUGCCUGAGGUGCUUGCACUGCCCUCUGUUUCUGGACCCAGUACAGAUGCUGACACUGCUAAUAUUUCAGAACAAAAAUCUAUGCAGAACACAUAUCAGAACAUAGAUCACUACACAGAGAUCUUGUCUGUAAAGGAGUCAUCAGAGUCUCAUCAGACUACUUGGCCAAGCGAUGUUGGUAUGGACAAUAUGCCUUUACAUUCUCCACCUCCAGUCCCUGUUUGGCCUGACAGUAGUGUAUUUCAGGAUAAUGUGAACUCUUCUGUUAUUACAAGUGUGUCAUCUAGUCAGCCAAUGAAACAAGUUACAAGUGAAGAAAACAUUAAGUCUCCAGUAAAGAUGUUUGAUGCAAAAUUUAUUGCAGAAUUAGAGAAACAUUUAGGGCAGAAAGAAGCUAGUGCAAACACAAAUCCACCAAAUGGCAAUGUGAGGUCUUUGCCCACAAAUGUGUGUUCCAAUUUUCCUGCUGGAAAAGUUGCAACUCCAACAAAUACAGGCUCUGCUUCAAGAAGUAAACAGAAUGGGGCUCCUGGGACUUCAGUUAUUCCAGCCCUGAAACCUCCACCUCAGUCAAAUAAAGUAUUGCAGAAGAAUUCGUCUCUGACAACUUCUAGCAUCAAGAUGCUGCAGAAUUCAUGGGAAUGGAAGACUGUGAACUUGAAGUCUGGAGAUGGAGCAGCAAGUGGUCUACCAAAGACAUCACAUUCUCACCCACUACCUUCACAGAAGGAACAGAAUGGGACUGAUAACUCCAGUGAGAGGUAUGGAAAUUUAAGUCUUGCUGAUUGCGGCAACGUUCUGCAGAAUGAUUCCAACACCAGCAGUAAUCUAACGGCGUUGCAACAGCCCCACUACGGUUCUGUUAGCAACUUGGCAACACAGCAGUCAUCACAACUUUACAGCAACCAACAGCAGUUACGCUUUGUCACUAAUGGAAAUGCCAGCCAGUCUGUAAACACGUUAGUGCCUCACCAGCUGUCUCAUUAUGGUUCUGCCAGUAACAUCACUACAGCACAGUAUGGAUCUCCAGUUCAGCAACAACACAAUUAUAGCAGUAAUGCAGUGCAGCAGCACUUACAUUAUACGUCCACAAGAAACCUUAGUGCAACCACAUCACAACAGUUCAGCUCAAUCAGUAGUCCUGCCCUUAUGCAACAUGGGAAGAGCAAUAUCCAUAAUACAUUCCCAGCUACUGGCUCAGCAUUACUUCCCCAGAAUGAAACAGAAUUACUGGUUAAGGAAAUAGCAAUGUUAAACAUUAAUCAAGUAUGGAAUCAAAGAGCUUCAAAAGCUAAACCGGGUGAAUCUCUCAAUUAUGAACCCACUGGCUCAUCAUCUCUGUCUCUAGUCCCACAUUCCAGCAGUGCAAGUGGCAGUGUUACCUCUGUAAUGUAUCCAUUGAUUGAAAAUAGUUUGAUGUCUGUGUCUACCGGUUUGUCUGGUGUUGGUACAGUGUGUAGUAAUAACCAGAGUGCAGCUGGCAUUAGAAGUACAGUGAUGCAAGAAACAAGGACUUCAGGAUUGUCUACAGAGAAAUACUUCCCUUCAAGUAGUGGUUCUGUUUGUUCUCCGUUUCAGCAGCAUGGAGUCAGCCCAGCAGGUUCAAGUGCAGAUGGAGGACCAAGAAUAAGUAGUGGGUUGACUUUCCCAACAUGGGCAGAACUCCAGCAACAGACAUACCAGUAUGACAGUACAUCACUGAAUCCCAGUGCUGCUAAAGUGGCAGUGUCACUUAGUGGAGAAUUGUGGAAAACCAAAGUACAAAGGUUGCUGCAGGAGAUUGGUGAUUCUGCAGCUGAGGAGGAGGGCUUGGCAGCCCUUCAAGCCACAGGCUGGGAUGUACAAGCAGCUGUGAGGCAGGUUAAGCUCAAUCAACUGCUCAGGCUGGGAAUAGCUUCAAGACAUCAGUGUGAAGUUGCACUUCAGAAAUCAAGUUGGAAUAUUGAGAAAGCUGCAUCUACCAUACUGGAUGAAAUGAAGAGUUAAUAUCUUCUUGUGUUGGGAACAAGCAGGUGAUAAUGGGGAUAUGCAAAUAGUUAUAGCUGAUGUAAAACAAAAAGCAAUCAUAAACUGAAUCCUGUAUUAUACUCACAAUUUGUGACAUUCAGUUUCUGUUGUAUUGAGAUUUACAGGCCUGUUUUCGUCUUCCCAUUGAUAAUGACUUCAUGACAUGUCUCAGCACAAAUGACUUGUGUACAGAUGAAACAUAUGGGUUGUAAACAAGCAAACUGAGAUUUUAGAUUGAAUAUUAGGUUCUCUUGUGGUUUAUUUCAUAAUGCUUUCAGUGUCUGUCCUGUUGUAACACAAAUUCACCUGGAGAUAAUUUAUUUUCUCAUUAUGUAAGAUUUGAGGCUUUCACGGCGGUGACUAUGAAGAAAGCAGUCUUCUGGG